AUUUGUCGUUAAUUUGCGGCAUCUAAUAUGUUCGAGAGGUGAAAAUCGGAGAAGUCUAGUUUCGAGUUUCGAUCGCAUCUCUUGCUAAGCCAAAGGAUUCUCGUCUUCUCUCGUUCGAGAAAAUCUUCGCAGAGUUAUGGACGAGGAUUCAAAAGAAAACGAGUCCUAUAUUGCUCGCAUUAAGCAGGUUGAGCAUGAACGUGAUGAGUUACGCAAAGAUAUUGAACAAUUGUGCAUACAACAAGCUGGACCUAGCUAUCUAGCUGUGGCUACACGAAUGCAUUUCCAGAGGACAGCUAGCCUGGAGCAAGAGAUUGAAAGCUUGAAAAAGAGGUUAAACACAUGUAUCAGAGAGAAAUCAAAUCUUCAAGAGGAGCUUUCAGAGGCUUAUAGUAUCAAAAGUCAGUUGGCAAAUUUGCACAAUGCGGAGGUCUCAAAGAAUAUGGAAGCAGAGAAACAACUUAAAUUUUUCCAAGGCUGUGUUGCUGCUGCAUUUGCUGAACGAGAUCAAGCAAUUAUGGAGGCUGAAAAAGUUAAGGAGAAGGAGGAUGUCAUAUCACAGAAGUUGAGUAAUUAUGAGAAGAGGUUAGAAGAGCUUACUUCAGAUCUUCUUGAUGAAAAGAAGGCCAAUGCUUCACUAGAGAUCAGUCUAAAGGAGCAAAACAAUCAGAAUGAAAUUUUUAGAAAGGUUGUUAAUAAGUUUUAUGAGAUCCGACAAGAUUAUAUAAGGAAGUAUGAGGACGCUAGCUGGGAAAGUAAAUGUGAAUAUCUUCUAUGUGAUUCGGCAGAAUCAUGGUCUUUUAGUCCUGAUGAGGAAACAUCCACUUCAAAGUACAUCAGAGUUCUGGAGGAAGAAGUACAUACGCUGAGGAAAAAUGCAGAUAAUCUUCAAAGCAAGCUAUCACUGGGUUUGGAAAUUGAAAAUCAUUUGAAGAAGAAUGUCUAUGACAUGAAAAGAAAGAAAAUUCUUUGGCAAGAAGCAACAAAUAGAAGGGUAUCAGAGUUGGUGCAUUAUCAUUCUCUGUUAAAAGCUGACAUCAAGCAUUUGCUUGAUGAUGAACAUUCCCAUCUCAAAUCAAUGAUUACAUCUAUACAAGAGAAGAUAGGACAAUUUGAGACCAGCAAAGUGCAUAAUUUGGAAUCACAUUUAGGACAUCCAACGCUGGAUGAAAGUGAUUGUCGGGAUGUACAUGUCAGUACUGUUGUUGCUCCCAAGUUGGUCUGUGAGGGUGAUGGUCCUAAGAUACCAGAUCAAGUUACAGCAUCUAAUGCUGAUGUCUCUGAAGCCCUUACUCAGGUGUUGCAAGAGAAGGUAGCAGCUUUGCUACUUUUAUCACAACAAGACGAAAGGCAUCUGCUGGAGAGAAAUGUAAAUGCUGCUCUUCAGAAAAAAGUAGAUGAGCUUCAACGGAACUUACUGCAGGUGACAAAUGAAAAGGUAAAAUCUCUCAUGGAAUUGGCAAAGUUGCGGCGUGACUAUCAACUUCUGCAGGAGAAAGGCGAACCUGAGGAGAAACAAGGAAAAUUAUUGGCAAGAAUUGGAGAAAGUACGAUGCUUCAGGAAAGAGAAGGUAGAAUGAAAAACCUAUUAAAAAAAACGUAUCUGAAACGCUGGAUAGGAAUAUUAGAUUCUCGAGGAGAAGAAACUAGUGGCCAUUUAAAUUAUGAAGCAAAUGCCAACAGUAGAUCGACUACUCACAUGGAUAUGGUUAGGAUGAGGAUUGAAAACGCAACUCUCAGAGAGAGCUUGGAAAGUAUGGACCAUCUGAUAUCUGUUGUUCAUAGACUUCGAAUGUCUCUGUUAAAGGUAAGAGAAGCUGUGAAUUCAGACAUAACAGUAAGAAACAGCAGCAUUGGAAAAGAUGUGAAUGAUAUAAUAAUGGAGGUGGGAUUAGUGAAAACCGCACUUGGAAGUUCACUUCCGAUAAGCUGGUCGGUUGAGACUGAAGAUGGAAGACAACAACCCGGUUCGAAUGAUGAUAUAGAAGAGGAGAAGAUCGAUUUCGUAACUGGUGCUGGAUUAGAGAUGGCAGAGGUUCUAAAUCUUGCUGCUGAAAUUCUCAAGGAUCAUAUAUCUAUAAAAGAGUUGGAACAUAGAUGAUAACAACUUGUAAUUGUUUAAAAAAUAUAUUUGUGAUUUUAUUUAUUUAUUUAUUUACUUAGUUCAGUUUCUGAUUUAGGGGGUGGAAAUUACAGCAGUAAUUUAUGUAAAAUUUGAACUGUAUUAUAUUUUACUUUUGAGUGUGAUAUUUGAAAGUUUACUUGGAUU